GAGCCGAAGGCAGACGCCCAACGGCUGAGCCACCCAGGCGCCCCUCUAUAAUUUUUUUCUAACAGGGACUGGUUGGUAUAUAGAGAGAGCCAUUAAAAUGACAAUGACUGUGUAUGAGCUUAACCAGUGUAUGAACCCUGAGAAGCGCACAUACCACAUUUGGGGGCCAUCUGAUAGAGCAGAAAAGACCUUGGGGCUCAUUCCUCAUUCCUCCCCAUCUCUAAGUAGAGCUCAUAAGGAGCUCUUCUCACCCAGGCCUCUAACCUCCCGGCAAGAUGACAGGUGUUCCCUACGGGGCAGGAAUGCUAGGGCCUUGCGGUUGGUUUGGCUUAUUUAUCUGUUAUAUCCUAGGAAGAAGGGGUAAGGUAUCAUUUCAUACACCAGUGAGGACUUUGGAAUUCCCAAGCUGUCCCACCCCUGCACAACAGCCUCAUCUCCCAUCCCAGCCACUAGGGACCCCCUUCCCAGAACCCUGGCUGGAUGAUGUCACAGACAGGUGACUUCACUGCGGCAAAGGAACCGGAAAUCUCAGUGGCAUGGGGGAGGAGGGAGGAUGUUUCUCUCCCAUCCCAACCCCCCAUGUCUGUGGUGAAGUCGAUCGAAUUAGUGUUGCCCAAGGAUGCAGUCUACCUAGCCGGCUCCAGCAUAAAAGGGCAGGUGGUUCUAAUCCUGAACAGCACCCUGGUGGACCCUAUUGUGAAGGUGGAGCUCGUGGGAAGGGGUUAUGUGGAGUGGAAUGAAGAAAUCGGGGCAUCCCGUGAUUAUAGCAGAGAUGUUAUUUGCAACAACAAGGCCGACUACGUGCACAAGAUGAAGACAUUCCCAGUAGAGGAUAAUUGGUUAAGUGCAGGCAGCCACACCUUUGACUUCCAUUUCAGCUUACCUCCCAGGCUUCCUUCUACCUUCGUCAGCAAAAUUGGCCACGUCUUCUACUUCGUGCAAGCCUCCUGCAUGGGCCGGGAGCACAUACUGGCGAAGAAGAGAAUGUACUUGUUGGUUCAAGGGACUUCGGACUUCCACAAAGAAAACCCAUUGCAGACCCCUCUCUUGGUGGAGGCUGAGAAGAAGGUCUCCUACAACUGCUGCAGCCAGGGCGCCAUCUGCCUCCAAAUCCAGAUGGAAAAGAACACUUUUACUCCGGGGGAGAGGGUCGUCUUCACCACGGAGAUCAACAACCAGACCAGCAAGUGCAUCAAGAUGGUCACCUUCGCCCUCUACAUCCACGUGCAAUGUGAGGGCUUCACCCCCAGUGCAGAGCGGCGGUCUCGGGUGGACAGCAGUGAGCUGCUCCGGCAGGAGGCCAACACUCAGAUCACGCCCUUCAACACCACCAAGAUCGUCAGCACCCUCAACCUCCCGCAGGUGCUGUCCGUGAGCAGCGGCAUGCGGGACGGCGAGAUCAUGAGUACCCACUACGAGCUGGUCAGCACGGUCCACCUGCCCUGGUCCCUGACCAGUGUGAAGGCCAAGGUUCCCAUCAUCAUCACCAGUGCCCCUGUGGACCCAGACAGCUGCCCACGGCUGGAGGGGGCAGCAUCACCCGAGAGCCAGGAGUACCAGAAUUAAGUGCCCCAACUUCUAAAUAUUAAAAGCUUUAUCAGACUCUACGGGCAGCCCUUUUUUUGUCUGGCACAGAUGGGCUUCAGAUGGGUUGGGGUGUGGAUGGCACGUGCCUAAAACUUCCCACAAUGCAGCCACUUAGGCAUCAGUUUCUCCCUGCCCCAGAUAGUUUACUGAAGGCCAGGAGAAGAUGAAGGGAACUGACAAGGUCUUCCAGGAGCCUCCUCCCUGGUUAGGGCUCCAGACCCAUUUCCGUACUGGGGUCUUACAGUGCCUCGACCCGGGGUCCCCAACUGCGGCGAUUCUGCCUUCCAGCCGCACUAGCAAAGUCUGAUGGUCCUGGUUCUCACCACCGAGGGGCACAGGGGCUGCUCCUGGCAUUGGGUGAAUGGGGGCCAGGGAGGGAUGCUGCCCACUGUCCCGCGAUGCCCAGGCUGGCCUCACCCCACAGAAUGAUCUGGCCCCAAAGGUCCAUAGCUCCAGCGGGGAGAAAACGUGCAUUCAUUAUCUGGGGGAAAAAUUCAGUUUGAUCCCUAGCUCACACUAAACACCAGAAUAAAUCCCCGAUGGAUCAAGCGAAGGAAACCAGGGUGACCCCCCCCCCAGCGUCUGUGAGUUCCCUCCUCUCCCUCCCACUCAAUGUGUGUAUUUAAAUAUAUGCAGUAUCCCAGGAUAUCCUCAGUCGGUCAGAUGGUUAUAGAAUGUAGUCUCCUGGGGGUCCACAGAAUCCCUUAACCCAGUGGGUUUCACCCAAAGGGAUCCUGCCCCUCAGGGGACACUGGGCAAUGUCUGGGGACGUUUGUGGUUGUCAUGACUUCGAGUGCUCCUGGCAUUGAGUGGGUGGGGGUCAGGAAUGCUGCUCAACAUCCCACAGUGAACAGGACAGACCCCCACAA